UGGUGGUGGUGGUGAUCAUGAUUUGAUGGAUAAUUCUGAUAUUCAUGAUAAUGAUAAUAAUAGUGAGAAAUAUAUUAAUUAUUCAUCAUCAGAUUCGUCAUCAUCAUCCCAUCAUCAUGUACCGGUGAUAAUGUCAUUGAAUUUAAAAAGUAAAAAUGAAACAUCAUCCAUAACCGGUAGCGGUGGCCAUAGUGUUGGUGGUGCUCAUAGCGUUUGGACAACAAAUCAACCACAUUCACCUGUUGCAGAAAGACGUGAACGUAGAUUAAGUGCAUCACGUUUCGAAAUAAGUGAAAAUCGUGAAUUAAUAAAAUUACCACCAAUCAAAGAUGUACCCCUGAAUGAACGUGAAGAAUUAUUUAUACAAAAAAUUCAACAAUGUUGUGUUUUAUUUGAUUUUAGUCAAGAUCCAUUAUCUGAUCUCAAAUGGAAAGAUAUUAAACGACAAACAUUACAUGAACUAGUUGAAUAUAUUGUUACACAGAAUAAUGUUAUUACUGAACCUAUUUAUCCAGAAGUUGUUCAUAUGUUUUCAACAAAUGUAUUUCGUAUAUUACCACCAUCAUCAAAUCCUAAUGGUGCUGAAUUUGAUCCGGAAGAAGAUGAACCAACAUUGGAGGCGGCGUGGCCACAUUUACAAUUUGUUUAUGAAUUUUUUCUAAGAUUUUUAGAAUCACCCGAUUUUCAAGCAUCGAUUGCUAAAAAAUAUUUUGAUCAAAAAUUUGUUUUACAAUUAUUGGAAUUAUUCGAUAGUGAAGAUCCACGUGAACGUGAUUUUCUAAAAACAUCAUUACAUCGUAUUUAUGGAAAAUUUCUAGGACUUCGUGCCUAUAUACGAAAACAAGUGAACAAUAUAUUCUAUCGUUUCAUCUAUGAAACUGAACGACAUAAUGGCAUUGCAGAAUUAUUGGAAAUUUUGGGAAGCAUUAUAAAUGGCUUCUCAUUACCAGUGAAAGAAGAACAUAAAGUAUUUCUACUCAAAGUUUUGAUGCCAUUGCAUAAAGUAAAAUCAUUGAGUGUUUAUCAUCCACAAUUGGCCUAUUGUGUUGUACAAUUUUUGGAAAAAGAUCCCAGCCUUACAGAGCCUGUGAUUAAAAGUUUAUUGAAAUAUUGGCCAAAAGUACAUAGCCCAAAAGAGGUUAUGUUUUUAAACGAGCUUGAAGAAAUUCUUGAUGUGAUCGAACCAACUGAAUUUCAAAAAGUUAUGGAACCUUUAUUCAAACAAUUAGCCAAAUGUGUUUCAUCACCACAUUUUCAGGUUGCUGAACGUGCACUUUAUUAUUGGAAUAAUGAAUAUAUUGUUACAUUGAUGAGCGAUAACAUACAAGUGAUAUUACCAAUUAUGUUUCCAGCAUUAUAUCGUAAUGCAAAAUCACAUUGGAAUCGUACAAUACAUGGUCUUAUUUAUAAUGCACAAAAAUUAUUUAUGGAAAUGAAUCAGGUUCUAUUUCAUGAAUGUGUUCGUUCAUUCAAAGCUGAUAGACAAAAAGAGAAGCUUAAAAUUAAAGAACGAAAAGAAGCAUGGAAAAGAAUGGAUGAUCUUGCCAAAAAGAAUCCAACAUUUGAAGAAAUAUCAACAACAUUAAACAAUUGUGAUGAUCUUUAUCUAUUUUCAUCAAUGUCCAUCGACCCUUAUAAUGUGAUUGAUGAUGAUGAUUUAUUAUUGGGUGAUGAUGAUCUAUUACCAGUUACAAAUAAUAGUGAUAAAUCUUAUACUCAGAUGGCCGAACCUGAUAGUGAUAAUCUUAGACGUAAAUUUAGAGAAUAUCGUAAAUCAAGACCACAUAUUGAUCUCUCAGCAUUACAAUUAUCAUCAAUGGAACAGGAUUAUAAAAAUACAAUCGAAAAUGGAAUCGAUAAUAAUAAUGAUAAUGAUUCAAAUGAUAAAGAUAAUAAUGAUAAUUCGGCUAAUAAUGAUACAAUGAUGACCAAUGAAAUGAAUACCGACAAUAAUAAUGAUAAUAAAGGAAAUAAUGAUGAAAAUAUUAGUCAGAAAAUAUCGGCAAAAAAUUCCGAUACAAAUUCCGGAAAUACCAUGGUAACAAUGAUCAAUGAUAAUGGAGAUAGAUAAACUUUUAAUUAUUGUUUUUCAAUCAAUAACAACAACAACAAUUUUUUAUUAGCUUAAACAAAUGUCGUAUAAAUAGUAAAUACUAAAUGAAACAAUUU